AGAAGCAUGGAAGCCCAAAACCAAACAGAGGUUUCCGAAUUCCUUCUUCUGGGACUAACAGACAACCGAGAACUUCAGACCAUCUUCUUUGGCCUGUUUCUGUCCAUAUAUAUGAUCACUCUCUUUGGAAACCUACUCAUCAUCCUGGCUGUCAGUUUAGACUCCAAACUCCACAACCCCAUGUAUUUCUUUCUUUCCAUUCUCUCUAUCACUGACAUCUGUCUCAUCACAACCAUCAUUCCAAAGAUGCUGGUGAAUCUCCAAACGCAUACUCAGAGUAUCACCUAUUCAGGAUGUAUAACCCAGAUCUGCUUUGUCUUAGUUUUUGGUGGUAUGGAAAACUCUCUUCUUGCAGUAAUGGCCUAUGACCGCUAUGUGGCUAUCUGUUACCCAUUAAGGUACACAAUCAUUAUGAACCCCAGCCUCUGCGUCUUGCUCUCCCUCUUAUCCUUAUUAAUUAGCAUUGCGGAUGCCCUGCUUCAUAGUCUGAUGGUGCUGCGUCUGUCUUUCUGCACAGACCUGGAAAUUCCUCACUUCUUCUGUGAACUUGCUCAGAUUCUCAACCUUGCCUGUUCUGAUACUCUCAUAAAUUUUAUCCUAGUAUAUUUCGUGGCUACUGUGUGGUGUGGUAUUCCUCUUGCUGGAAUAAUUUUUUCUUACAUUCGAAUUGUCUCCUCUAUUUUGAGAAUCCCAUCAGCAGAUGGAAAAUACAAAGCUUUUUCUACUUGUGGGUCUCAUCUCUCUGUGGUUUCCUUAUUCUAUGGAACAGUUUUUGGUGUGUAUAUCAGUUCUGCACUGACGCAGUCUUCCAGGAAGGCAGCAAUAGCUUCAGUAAUGUACAGUGUGGUGCCUCAAAUUAUGAACCCUUUUAUUUAUAGCUUGAGGAACAAAGACAUGAAGGAAGCCUUGAAGAAAGUCAUCAGUAGGAUAUCUUCAUUUUAG